CAAAGGAGGCAAGCUGUUCUAAACUUGGUGUAACCUGAAGCAAGCAAUGAGGUAUCCUCUGGUUCCUUUGGUGACUGAUCUGACCUGUCCUCUUCUUUUCUUCUGGUUUUCUUUGCCAUUUGUAAUGCUGUUGGUCUUAAUGAUGAUCUGGCUAUACCUUCUGCUUAAUGAAGCAGAGGUACCCAGUCCAGAAGAAAUAAAGAAACGAUUUUCUGAUGAGAACGAUUCUGACUCUAAACUUGAAGAUGAACCAACAGAAGAAGAAAACCAGAAUGACACAUCCAAUACAGAAAUGCAAGAGGAGGUGCAACCCAGGGGAUCUCUAGGAAAUCUGAGGCCUAAACCUGCUUAUCUGAGUUCAAAACCAAAAAGCCGAAAGCAAAGUCUUCCUACUGCAAUCUCAGAUAGCUGCUCUCAGAGCCAGAAGAUAAGUCCUUCCCAGGCUGAGAAGAGCCAUCUCUGUAACAUUGUGAUGCUCUUGUGCACCAUGCUUUCUUCUUUCACCUGGAAUUUUGCCUGCCGCUUGCUCCGGACCUCUAAUGUCCUGAUGAUUCAACUGCUGCCAUCCUCUCUGAUUAUCUACAUCGCUCAGCUGUUUGCUUUGGGUGAAAAAGUUGUGAAAACCUUAGGCUCCCUGAGAUUGGAAAGCAGAGGGCUGUUGGCUUCAGUCUUGGGGAGGAGAUAUAAACGAAGUGGAACAGAGUGAAGCUCAGAGAACCAUCUUGGGGUGGAAAUCAAGCAGGCAGUCCCACAACCAUUAGCAGCAAUCCCACUCAGCAUUAGUAAGAGCUACUACAUCGUGGCAAAGGAAGGUUAAGUCUCUGAAAAGGAACUUAGUCAAGACUGAAACAACGCACUGGGGCACAGCAGCUGCUUUCAAAGUGAACAGUAUUGACUACCUGAGUAUUAAAUGGUUGACAGCAGCCUGACUCUUGUCCAGGGCCCGGGUGCACGCUCUGCUCUUCUCCCACUUCAGAAAGGGAUGGCUUCUUUUGUUUCUCAGGACCAAACAUGACACUGGCACUAGUGAUACUCUCUGUUCACUGUUAUUAGUCUUUGAUUUCACGUAAGAUCAAGGCAAUAGCUCUUAGCCAAAGUUCUUACUGGAGUUUAAAUGCAGUACAGCCCAGUGAUUAUUUUACUCGCUCUCCAAUUAGCACUUUUCUGAUCUCCAACUCGUCAGUUGUCAAAGUAGGAACAAUUUUUCAAUGCUCAAGCCUAACAAAUGAAAUGAGCCUGCCUCCAAUUAACAAGAAAUAAUUAAACCCUUAGUAGAUAACAAGCAUGCAUUUCCUUUGGUUCUGUCUAGAACACGCCUUCUCAGCAGCCCUGGCAGGCUGAUACAGGGUCAGAUUACAGCCCAAAGGGGCACUCACCACAACUUGAUUUGAUCAGUUAGUGAGACCACAAGGAGGUUGGUGGGGCUGAGAUGAGCCGUAAUUGUGUGGCCCUUGAGUAUAUCCGGUUGUCAGGCUAUGAGCAGAACUGCUGUUUGCUCCUGGUGUUGACACACACAUUCAACAAACUUUUUUUAAAGAGGACCUAGAUUGGAAGUCACAUCCCAAAAUGCUUGUGAAAGCAUUUGUCUCUGCUCCUUGCAUGCAGUAACUGUGUUUUUCCAGCCUUGCACGGGCAGAAGACAUAACCGCUCCCCUAACCAGAGCUAAUUAUGAAGCAUGCCUUGUUCGUGUUUAUUUGUGUUUUCCUCCCCAUUCCCUGAAAUCUUCACCUCCAAAUAUUUGUCCAGAGCACUACGUUCUUAAAUAAAACUCAU